GCAAGAGCCGGCCAGGGUGAGAUGAUGGCCGGAAAAGAUCAUGCAGGCGCCGGACACGGCAUGAUAGUCGAGUUUCCUGGGACGGAUGAGGCCAAGUCAGCGUUAAUCCGACUGACUCUGCUCAUCUGCUGGGCUGAUUGCCGACUCCGAAGCAAUUGUCUGUCCAGCGUGAGCCCUCUGAGCACCCGUAGAUUCACUGUCGACAAGCGGGCAGACAGACAAAUUGGGAUUCUUUCCAAAGUGUGUCUUUGUCCGGUCGUUCAUUUAGCCCAGCCCGUAUUUAAAUUUGAAGGUUUGUGA